AUGCACAUUGUACAUGAUGCAAAGUGCAAGGCAGAUAAGACCUUCACAUGCGGCUUCUACGGCCUUGGAGACAAUGCUUACUGGUUCUCAAUCUGGUUCGCCAACUCCUCGGACAGGACCGUCGUUUGGACGGCCAACCGGGACAAGCCCGUGAAUGGCCGAGGCUCUAAGGUCACGCUCAGGGGCACCGGUGCAUUGGCCGUGACUGACGCAGAUGGUUCCGUCGUCUGGGAGGCCCACGCGACUUCCACCGAUGCCUGUUCGCUAGAGCUCUUGAAUUCAGGCAAUCUUGUGCUGAGAGGUCCUCAUAGGAGAAAACUAUGGCAAAGCUUUGAUCAUCCGACUGAUACUCUGCUGCCAACCCAGCUCCUCAAUAAGAGCAAGAAAUUGGUGUCAUAUCUAAAAGGAGGAGAAUUUCACUCUGGCUACUUCAACCUGUACUUCGACCAUGACAACGUGCUGAGGUUGAUGUACGAUGGACCGGACAUAUCUAGCCUCUAUUGGCCUAACCCGCACUUCAACGUGUCCACAAACGGGAGAACGAAUGACAACAGUAGCCGAGUUGCGGUCCUAGACGAGACUGGCCAUUUUCAAUCAAGUGACCGGUUUCAAUUCAACGCUUCCGACCGAGGCCUGAGGAUCAAACGGCGGCUGACACUAGACCACGACGGGAACCUGAGGCUGUACAGCUUGGACGACCAGUCAGGGUUGUGGAUAGUGACGUGGCAGGCGCUUCCGGCACAGUGCAUUGUGCAUGGCAUAUGUGGGAGGAAUGGGAUUUGUGUACACACACCCGAGCCCAGAUGCACAUGCCCUCCUGGUUACGAGAUGCAAGAGCCUAGUGACUGGCACAAAGGUUGCAAGCCCAAAUUCAAUUUCACUUGCUCCAAGCCUCGGGAUGUGGAAUUCUUGGCGCUUCCCAACACGGACUACUAUGGGUUCAACGCGGUCAAAAACAAUAACGCGUCAUUCAAUUUCUGCAGGCAGACCUGUUUGGAUAGCUGCAGCUGCUUGGGCUUCAUCUACUUGGAAUCGCAAAGAUGGUGUUGGACAAAGAACUCGCUGUUUAACGGCUAUCAGGUCCCGUCUUUUCCCGGAACUUUACAUCUGAAAUUGCCCAUCUCCAUAGUGGCAUCCUUGGAGCCAAUUCACAACGGCAGCGCUCCCGAGUGCUCCGCAGCCAGAGACCAAUUAUUGGUAGACACAUCUACGUUGUAUGGCACUAUAGGCAAGAGGGUGAGAUGGGCCUACCUCUAUGGGUUCGCAUCCGCUUUUGGGGCGGUCGAGAUCCUCAUCUUUUUCUCGGGCUGGUGGAUUCUCUUCAGGAAGCGUGAUGUGCAUUGCAUAGUGGAAGACGGGUACGCCGCAAUAACAAGCCAGUUCAGGAGGUUCAACUAUGACGAGCUCAAGAGAGCGACCCGGAACUUCAAGGUAGAGAUAGGGAGGGGAGCGUCAGGACUGGUUUACAAGGGCGUCUUAGCGGACCGAAGGGUCGUGGCAGUGAAGAGACUCGGAGAUGUGUACCAUGAGGAGGAGGUCUUCUGGGCUGAAGUCAGAACAAUUGGGAAGAUCAAUCACAUGAACCUGAUGAGGACGUGGGGCUUCUGUUGUGAGGGAAAGCACAAGCUCUUGGUCUAUGAGUAUGUGGAGAAUCGGUCCCUGGACAAGCACUUGUUCUGCGGGGACGUCAUUGAGUGGAGGGAACGGUUCAGGAUCGCGCUCGGCACGGCCAAAGGCCUAGCCUACCUGCACCACGAGUGCCUCGAGUGGGUCAUCCACUGCGACGUGAAGCCCGAGAACAUCCUCUUGGAUAAGACAUUCGAGCCCAAGAUCGCGGACUUUGGGCUGGCAAAACUGCUCCAGAGGGACGGCGCGAAUACGCAGUUCUCUUGCGUAAGGGGCACGAAGGGCUACCUGGCGCCCGAGUGGGCCCUGAACCUCCCAAUCACGGUGAAGGUCGACGUGUACAGUUACGGGGUAACGGUCCUGGAGAUAGCGAGGGGGAUUCGGCUCUCGAAUUGGGUCAUGGAGAAAGCGGGGAAUGAGGAGCAGGAGGCCGAACUGACGGUCUUCAUCCGGGAGAUGAAGAGGAGGUACCAAUGUGGAGAGGAUUGGAUAGAGGAUUUGGUGGACGAGAGAUUGAAAGGGCAAUACAGCCGGAAGCAGGCAGGAGUGCUUCUUGAGAUUGGCGUGACAUGUCUGGAGGAGGACAGGAACAAGAGGCCAACCAUGGAUUCAAUAGUAAAUCAACUGCUAGAAGUUGAUGAUGAACCUUAA